CCUCCUUCGCUCCCACAAACCUGCCGACCCCUCACCCCUCUUCCUCCUCCCUCAGUUUAAGUUCUCCCCCUCCUUCCAUCCUUCUCAUCCAUCACUUUUUUUCAGUUUCGAACGUACCACACAGGCUUCAUGUGGUAUGAGAGAGGGGGGUCAGCGCAGGAGGAGGAGUUUUGAGGCCUUCGGCUCACCUGAAUAAUACCUUCUUUGUGCGCUUCGGCGUUAUAAAGGUCCACUCCGAUGCUUUCUACCCUUGCACACCUCAACCUUCUGUGUGGAUACAUCCAUUCACACCAUCCCAUACCUUCAUUCAUCCAUCACCAACACACCUAACGCCAUGAGCGCCAGGAUGAGAGUGGCGCUGCUGUUUCUGGCAGCAGCUGUUUGUGUGUCAAGCGCUCAAACCAACAACAGCAGCAACAGGCAGGAGCAGCAACAGCAGCAGCAGCAGCAGCAGCAACGCAGCGUCUGGGAUGAGCCCAUCAGAUUCAGCACCAAGGCCAAAGACUCCUGCACCAUGGUGGUUUCCGGAGCCGGGGACUAUACUCGCCUGCGCGUCACCUGCAAAGGUCCGAGCCAGGGCCAGACCGCAGGACGCUCCUACUACUGCGACUUCCAGGGCAAACCCAACCUGUGUCGCGCCUACAACCUCAACCCUCGCCACUACUUCACCCAGAUGAUGUGGGACAUGAGGAAGCUGAGCCACGCCUGCCAGGGACCCAAAGUCUACCGCCCAGCCAUGUGCAAGAAAUACCCCGACGAGGCCCAGAUGACCUUCCUUGCCUCCUGGCCCAAGACCACCACCCCCAAGCCCUCCAGGCCCGCCCAGGAGCCACGUAAACCGGUGGUGCCAGCCCAGAGCAAGCCCGUCACUACUCCUAAACCUGUCAAGCCCCAGCAGCAGCCCAUCAAACCGCAGCCAGGCAAGGGCCCCCAGACAAAGAAAGCUACCACCAAGCCCGGGAAGACCACUAAUCGUCCCACAGAGCAGCCCGACUCCAAAGCCUCCCGCAUCGCCAACGAGUACUGCUGGAAGAGCUUCCACGGCGUCUGCUCCUACUUCAUCAGCUGGUUCCAAAACUGAGGCGAUACUGCAGAUACAGGUUGAAAACACCAGCGUCGCAACUAUUCUCGACUAUCUUCGACCUCUCCAGGAUCAGCGUGGGAGCCUCUGAAGUGAUUUCGUCCCAACACUGCAGCAUCUUACGGGCUGAGCCAAAAAACACUCGACCUACACUUGUGUACGGUUAGUGGAUGACUGCUUGUGCUGUCAUGUAGUGCACAUGUCUUUUUUUUAUAAAUCUGUAAAACACACAGCAAGGCAAAAGGGAAAAUAUGGCAGGCAUGUGAUUUUGUUUGUAUAUGAUGUAAUAC